CGCACAAGGUGCUUUGACUCAUGCCAGCCACCUAAAGCUGCGGAAGUGGAGUGCGGGGGUGCGCCGGAUGCGGGGUACGGAAGUGCGCCGGAAGUGGGGUGCGGAGGUGUGCAGUGCGCUGUCAGACUGGCUGGGAGGCGGCGCGGCCGGCGGACCCGUUCAAGACAGCGCGGGCGGCUCGGGUGCUCUGGGGCUCCGCCGCAGGAGGACGCCAUGGACGACAAGGAGUUAAUUGAAUACUUUAAGUCUCAGAUGAAAGAAGAUCCUGACAUGGCCUCAGCAGUGGCUGCCAUCCGGACGUUGUUGGAGUUCUUGAAGCGAGAUAAAGGGGAGACAAUCCAGGGCCUGAGGGCGAAUCUCACCAGUGCCAUAGAAACUCUGUGUGGUGUGGACUCCUCCGUGGCAGUGUCCUCUGGCGGGGAGCUCUUCCUCCGCUUCAUCAGCCUUACCUCCCUGGAAUACUCCGAUUACUCCAAAUGUAAAAAGAUCAUGAUUGAGCGGGGAGAACUUUUUCUCAGAAGAAUAUCACUGUCAAGAAACAAAAUUGCAGAUCUGUGCCAUACUUUCAUCAAAGAUGGAGCGACAAUAUUGACUCACGCCUACUCCAGAGUGGUCCUGAGAGUCCUGGAAGCAGCCGUGGCGGCCAAGAAGCGAUUUAGUGUAUACGUCACAGAGUCACAGCCUGAUUUGUCAGGUAAGAAAAUGGCUAAAGCCCUCUGCCACCUCAACGUCCCUGUCACUGUGGUGCUAGAUGCUGCUGUCGGCUACAUCAUGGAGAAGGCAGAUCUUGUCAUAGUUGGUGCCGAAGGAGUUGUUGAAAACGGAGGAAUUAUUAACAAGAUUGGAACCAACCAGAUGGCUGUGUGUGCCAAAGCACAGAAUAAACCUUUCUAUGCGGUUGCAGAAAGUUUCAAGUUUGUCCGACUCUUUCCACUAAACCAGCAAGACGUCCCAGAUAAGUUUAAGUAUAAGGCAGAUACUCUCAAGGUCGCACAGACUGGACAAGACCUCAAAGAGGAGCAUCCGUGGGUCGACUACACUGCCCCUUCCUUAAUCACUCUGCUGUUUACAGACCUGGGCGUGCUGACACCCUCAGCAGUCAGCGAUGAGCUCAUCAAGCUCUACUUAUAACCUGUGGGCCCUUUCCUGCCGAGGUACAGCUUCUGUAGUUGAGGCUGAGGCAGGGUGAGUAGCUGCUUGACACCCCAGUGAGCCAGGCCACAACUGAGAUGUGUUUUAAUAAAGAUUUAUGGAGUAAGGACUUAAAAUCAUACAUCUUGGAGAACCUUUCUUAUUCAUUUUCAGUCGCAUCUAAAAAUGUGUCAGUUAUUCUAAAUCCCAACCUAAAUUGUUCUUAUGGUUUGUAGAAACUUUCCUUUUCAGUUUCCAGAAAUACAAGUUAGAUAAUUGGCUACUUAACUGAUGAAAGAUGAGCCCAAGUCCGUCUCUCCUUAUCCUCCCCUGCACUCGACUGAUCUGCCAAAAGCAUGCGAGAUGCAGGGGAAAAGCAGCCUCACCCCUCUGCCACAAACGACCAACAGCUGGUCAGGACGUCACACGCGGUGCCUUGUGAGGGGCAAGAAACACUUGCCGAAUCUGCGUCUGGCUUCCAGUGGUAAGCACAUUCCUCAGCAGGAUCAAGCCAAACAGUAAAAACUGUACCAAGAGAACACGAGGAGGGCAGAAACAACAUUCAGCAACAGUAUUCUGCAUGGCUCACCGCUUAAGAAAAUGCCUUCUGGAAUAUUUGUAAACUAAAGUUCUGUAUGUGUAAGAGAUGUUUAAAUAUGUUUGGGUCCUAAACAGCUUUUUAAAAUUAUACUUGGGAACAAAUUCAGCAUCUUUUCAAAUAAACUCUAUGAUAAAGAC